AGGCUAGCUAAGGAACCAAGGAUGAAGCUCCUUUUUGUAGCUGCCUUUGCACUCUUUGUGCUCUCUACUUUUGAUAAGGCUGACUCCUCAGCAUAUGACAAAAUCGUCGCCCACAGUCGCAUCAGGGCAAGGAAAGAAGGACCCAAUGUCUGCGCACUCCAGCAAGUCAUGGGAACGAAGAAGAAGUACUUUAGCACUUGUCGUAAUUGGUACCAAGGGGCCAUCUGUGGAAAGAAAGCGACUGUGCUUUACGAGUGCUGCCCAGGAUACAUGAAGCUGGAAGGCAUGCGUGGUUGCCCUGCAGUGGCCCCAAUUGACCAUGUGUAUGGCACCUUGGGUCUGGUGAAGGCCACCUCAACCCAAAAAUACUCUGACAUUUCUAAGCUGAGGCCUGAGAUUGAGGGAUCUGGAUCAUACACCUUCUUUGCCCCAAGCAACGACGCCUGGGAGCUUUUGGAUGAAUCAGUGAGGGGUGCACUGGUCAGCAAUGUCAACAUUGAAUUGUACAACGCUCUGCAUUAUCACAUGGCCAACAAACGCCUUUUGACCAAAGAUUUAAGGAAUGGAUUGACAGUCAACUCCAUGUACAAUGACCUUGGUCUCCAUAUUAAUCAUUACUCCAAUGGGGUGGUGACUGUGAACUGUGCCAGGAUUAUCCAUGGCAACCAGGUUGCCACCAAUGGUAUUGUGCAUGUUAUUGACCGUGUCAUCAGCAGUGUUGGAAACACCAUCCAGGAUGUCAUCGAGGUUGACGAUGACCUGACAACUCUUUAUGACGUGGCACAGAACUCUGGACUCUUGGAAAAGCUGGGUGAGCCAGGACAUUACACUCUCUUUGCCCCCACCAACGAAGCCUUUGAAAGCCUGGGCAGUGAUGUGCUGGAGAGGCUUCAGGGCGACAAGGAGGUCCUCAAAGCUCUUCUGAAUUUCCACCUCCUGAACUCAAUGCAGUGUUCUGAGGCCAUCAUGUCUGGCAGCUCUUAUGAGACCCUGGAGGGCAGCAACAUUGAGAUUGGCUGUGAUGGUGAAAGUUUAACAGUCAAUGGCAUUAAGAUGGUGCUCAAGAAGGACAUUGUCACCACCAACGGAGUCAUCCACCUUAUUGACAAAGUGCUCAUGCCAGACUCAGCAAAGCAGGUGAUGGAACUGCUGGGAACUUCCCAGUCAACCUUCGCUGACUUGGUGUCUGAGCUGGGCCUUUCUGCUUCCAUGAGUCCAGAGGAUGAGUACACUUUGCUGGCUCCCGUCAAUAAUGUCUUCAAUGAUGACGUGAUGGCCAUGGAUCAGGAUACGCUCAGGAUUAUCCUGGAGAACCACAUUGUGAAGAGUAACGUUGUCCUGGGGCAGUUGUACAAUGGUCAGCAGCUGGAGACCAUUGGAGGAAAGCUUCUGAGGGUCUUCAUCUAUCGCACAGCUGUGUGCAUUGAGAAUUCCUGUCUGAUAAGGGGCAGUAAAGAAGGAAGCAAUGGGGCCCUUCAUCUCAUGAGGACUCUGCUGAAACCGGCAGAACAAUCUAUGUUUGAGAUUCUGACCGAACAUGGAGGGUUCAAGAUCUUUUUGUCUUUGAUGGAGGCUGCUGGCUUGACAGACCUGCUCAAACAAGAGGGAGAAUUUACUCUGUUUGCCCCAAGCGAUAAGUCUUUUGCUGCAUGGAGCGAGAGAGAUUUGGAGUUUUUGAAGAGUGACAUAGAUGCUCUCAGAACCAUCCUUCUGUAUCACAUCAAUAAUGGUGUCUUUAUUGGUGGUGGUUUGGAGUCUGGGGUUACAAACCUUCUCAAGUCUCUCCAGGGCAGCAACCUCAAAGUGUUGUUUGCAAACAACACUAUGCAAGUGAAUUCUGUCCAAGUCCCUGAAUCUGAUAUAAUGGCCACAAAUGGAGUCAUUCACUUUGUCAACCAAGUCUUGUAUCCUGGAGAUAUUCCUGUUGGAAACAUGGAACUGCUCACGCUUUUGAAGAGGCUCAUCACUUACAUGCAAAUCAAGUACAUUUCAGGAUUCAGAUAUCAGGAAAUUCCCCUUACAUUUUUGAGGCCCACCAUCACCAAGGUUAUUAGAGUCAUUGAGGCUGAACCCACCAUCACCAAGGUCACCAGGGUCAUUGAGGCUGAACCCACCAUCACCAAGGUCACCAGGGUCAUUGAGGGUGAACCCACCAUCACCAAGGUGACCAGAGUCAUUGAGGGUGAACCCACCAUGACUAAAGUCACCAGGGUUGUCUCAGGCCCCACGUACUCCGUCAGCACUGGCACCAACAACAUAGCCCUGGAAGGAGCUGACCUCUCACAUAUUUCCACCAUUGAGGGGAACCCUAAUUUUGAUGCUGAUAGUCUUACCAGAAUGAUCCAAGCAGGCAGUUCAAGAAGAAACCCUUCCCGAAGAGUUUUGGCUGGCAACAGGAGAAGGGGAGGGGAAUGAGCAUGGACAGAAGAGAACAUCAACGUAAAGGCAGAGAAAAACCUAACCCAGAGGUUAAAACUGGUGUUUUAGUACAGGGGACACAUUACAAAUAUACUGUAACAGGUAUAACUGACAGAAAAUAAAACUAUUCUCAUAAACAAUAAAUGGUGGUUUGAAUGUAUAUGUAAUGAGUGUGCAAUGUCUACAAACAGUCUUUUGGUUCAGCAUAUGUACUGUAAACAAAGUUCAAAUGAACAUUUUGGCAUGACUUUAAAGACACAGAGCAAGUCAGGGUAGCAAUAACAAUCUUUUAAAUCCAAGCCAUUAGAGUAGCAAUAAAAACAUUUAAAUUCUAAACUUUUCUCUGCGUCCUUUGCUAAAGGUUAAGGUUAAAGCAACAAGAUUGUAAUAGCUGUUUGGAAACAUUUUAUAAAUAUCUGCAUGUUAAAGAUUGAAAAAAAAUGAUGUGUUUUCAGACUUUUACUGUUUUAUUGUUUAAUUUCUUUGGCUGUAAGUUGUUUAGGGUUUUUUGUCUUUGCGUGUAUCAUUUGGAACAAUGUAUCCAACUCCAGGCUUUCUAUUUUCCAGACAUUUUCCAAUAAAGUGCAUUCUUUGAUAUAAAUAUGCCAAUUUAAAAGGGCAUCUGGUGAUGGUGGUUUGGAGCAGUUUCUAAUGUCCUUGUAAGGCUCUACACUGGUUCAGGAAAGAAAAUCUCUAGUAUCAAAUAUCAGAUCUUAAUAUCAUGUCUGCAUUUUGUUUUCCCAAGUUUUUCCCAGUACAUGGUCUUAAAAAUAGACUCUAAGAUUCCUGUAUCAUCCUUUUUAAUGGCCCUGUCAUUAUACUUAAUGUUUAAGGGGGAGCCUGGCAGUCCACUUGAGGUUCAAGUAUAAAUUUAAAAUAUGAAAUAAACUGGGUUUGAUGUGUA